CCGAGAAUCAAGCCUGCGUCAUACAAAUCCCUCACCGGCGACGGCAGAUUGUUUGUGCGAAACUCGGCAGUGUUUUCACUCUUCCGGGCUGCGUUCGACAGAACUCCUAGCUCAGCAUUUCCCCUAGAAUCGCGAGCAAACAAAUCUCACACCCCUCAACUUACCCCGCCGUCGCAACAAUUCGUCUUCUGUUUGAUCAACGAACAACCUAUUUACAGCCAAAAUGGGUCUUCUCGAGGAACUCAACCUGCCUGUCGGCGUCAUCUACGGUGACGAUGUGCUGAAACUCUUCCAGUAUGCACGUGAGAAGGGCUUCGCCAUUCCUGCCGUCAACGUCACCUCCAGCAGCACUGUUGUCGCUGCUCUCGAGGCUGCUCGUGAUGCCAAAGCCCCGAUCAUUCUGCAAACAAGCCAGGGCGGCGCUGCCUAUUUCGCCGGCAAGGGCAUCAAGAACAGCGCCGAGAAGCAGGAGGCGUCGGUUGGCGGUGCAAUUGCUGCCGCCCACUACAUCCGCGCUGUCGCGCCUCUGUACGGUAUUCCCGUCGUCCUUCACACUGAUCACUGCGCGAAGAAGCUCCUCCCCUGGCUCGAUGGCAUGCUCGAUGAGGACGAGAAGUUCUUCAAGCAGAACGGCGUUCCCCUAUUCUCCUCGCACAUGAUUGACCUGUCUGCUCUGCCAGUGGACGAGAACAUCAGCACCUGCGUCUCGUACCUGAAGCGCAUGGCUCCCAUGAAGCAGUGGCUGGAGAUGGAAAUUGGCAUCACGGGUGGCGAGGAGGACGGUGUCGACAACACCGGCGUUGACAACGCCUCUCUUUACACUCAGCCCGAGGACAUCUGGCAGAUCGAGCAAGCUUUCCGCCCUAUCUCGCCGUACUUCUCGAUCGCUGCCGGCUUCGGCAACGUCCACGGCGUCUACGCCCCUGGCAACGUCCGCCUGCACCCGGAACUCCUUGGCAAGCACCAGGCCUUCGUCUCCGAGAAGCUGGGCGGCACCGACAAGAAGCCUGUCUUCUUCGUCUUCCACGGUGGCUCCGGCUCAAGCAAGCAGGAGUACGAAGAGGCCAUUAGCAAUGGCGUGGUCAAGGUCAAUGUCGACACGGAUAUGCAGUGGGCCUACCUGACCGGCAUUCGUGACUACAUCAACAAGAACAUCGACUACCUCAAGACCCAGGUCGGCAACCCUGAGGGUCCCAACAAGCCCAACAAGAAGAAGUACGACCCGAGAGUCUGGGUUCGUGAAGGCGAGAAGACCAUGUCCGCCCGGGUGGCCGAAUGUCUCAAGGACUUCAAGACUGCUGGCACCCUCUAAACUGGGACAGGAUGUGGUUGCGGGUGGCGUUGGGUAACAAGGGGUUGACUGUGGCCGCGAUGCCCAGCAGUGGUUGC